AUGAGCUACGUCGCUAAAGGAGAAAAAGAAUACGAUGCUACCGGUGCACCCGUCCCCGCCGCCAAAAUUCACAAAAUCCGUAUCACGUUGACGAGCAGCAACGUCAAGAACCUUGAAAAGUUCUCGAACGACCUCAUCAACCGUGCCAAGGACAAGCAGCUCCGUGUCAAGGGUCCCGUCCGUCUCCCCACCAAGGUCCUCAAGAUCACCACCCGUAAGACUCCUUGUGGUGAAGGAUCGAAGACGUGGGACCGCUAUGAGCUCAAGGUUCACAAGCGCCUCAUUGACCUCCACUCUUCCAGCGAGAUUGUCAAGCAAAUUACAUCUAUCAGUCUGGAGCCGGGUGUCGAGGUCGAGGUCACCAUCUCUCCUUAA